AUGCUAGUCAGUCCAAUAAGGACUGCCAUGAAUAGGCAGGUAGGGAGGCCUUUGUUGCUUCAACUCCGUGCCAACUUCCAUCAACAGCAGCACCUUUCACCAGAAUUGGUAAAGCUACAUUCCGAACUUAAGCUGGAUGAAUUGCAACCAGACAAUACACCAGACUACGUACGUCUGGUACUACGCUCAUCUAUUUAUGAUGUUAUCUCAGAAUCUCCAAUUUCUCAUGGUGUGGGAUUAUCUUCUCGAUUGAAUACCAACGUUCAGUUGAAAAGAGAAGACUUGUUGCCUGUCUUCUCCUUCAAACUUCGUGGUGCUUAUAAUAUGAUAGCCAAAUUGGACGAUAGUCAAAAGAAUCAAGGUGUCAUUGCUUGUUCUGCAGGCAAUCACGCUCAAGGUGUCGCUUUUGCAGCCAAGCAUAUGAGUAUACCGGCUACCAUUGUGAUGCCUGUGUCAACUCCCUCUAUCAAAUACCAGAACGUCUCCAGGUUGGGCUCACAGGUUGUUCUGUAUGGUAAUGAUUUUGAUGAAGCCAAGGCUGAAUGUACCAGAUUGUCAGAAGAACGUGGAUUGACAAACAUUCCACCUUUUGAUCAUCCUUAUGUUAUCGCUGGACAAGGUACUGUCGCUAUGGAGAUUUUGAGACAGGUUCGAAACUCCGCGAAGAUUGGUGCUGUAUUUGUCCCAUGUGGUGGUGGUGGUUUAGUCGCCGGAAUUGGUGCAUACUUGAAGAGAAUUGCUCCACAUAUUAAGAUCAUUGGUGUCGAAACAUUCGACUCUGCAACUUUACACACUUCUUUGAAAAAUGGUAAGAGGACACCCCUAGCAAGUGUUGGUACUUUUGCUGAUGGUACUUCAGUUCGCAUGAUCGGUGAAGAGACAUUUAGAAUCGCACAAGAUGUUGUCGAUGAAGUUGUUUUGGUCGGCACUGAUGAGAUCUGCGCAGCUAUAAAGGAUAUUUUCGAAGAUACUAGAGGUAUUGUGGAACCUUCUGGAGCUCUGGCUGUCGCAGGAAUGAAGAAGUAUGUGACCCAGUUACAUCCUGAAAUCGAACACUCCAAACACACUUACGUCCCAAUUCUUUCGGGUGCCAACAUGAAUUUUGAUAGAUUGAGAUUUGUUUCUGAACGUGCAGUCCUAGGUGAAGGUAAAGAAGUCUUUAUGUUGGUUACUAUUCCUGACGUGCCAGGUUCUUUCAAGAAGCUGCAAAAAGUUAUUCAUCCAAGAGCUGUUACCGAAUUCUCAUACCGUUACAACGAACACCGUCACGAGUCGACUAGCGAAGUUCCUAAGGCUUACAUUUACACUUCCUUCAGUGUUGUUGACCGUGAAAAGGAGAUUAAACAAGUGAUGCAGCAAAUUCACUCCUUGGGAUUCGAAGCUGUUGAUAUUUCGGACAAUGAAAUGGCCAAGUCUCAUGGUAGAUAUCUUGUCGGUGGUGCUUCAAAAGUACCCAACGAAAGAGUCAUCUCUUUUGAGUUCCCAGAGAGACCAGGUGCACUAACUAGGUUCCUAGGUGGUUUGACCGAGUCCUGGAAUUUGACCAUGUUUCACUACAGAAACCAUGGUGCCGACAUUGGUAAAGUGCUGGUAGGAAUCUCUGUCCCUCCAAGAGAAAAUUUAACAUUCCAGAAAUUCUUGGAAGAUCUAGGCUACAGAUACCAGGAUGAGUCGGAUAACAUGGUUUAUCAAAAAUUCUUGAAAUAUUAA